GCUUACUUUGUUCGGUGUAGGUGUCUAGUGAAUGGAAUUCCUGAAGAACUGUUAUCUAAAACAAUUACUCAGUGAAUAAAUUAUCUUCUCUGCUUAGUUUUAUUAAACAUUAAUCUUUGCGUAUUCACCCAAGGUUAGACAAACGCAACCGGUGCAUAUAAACGAAUAAACUGUAAGAUUCCUACUAUUAUCUCCUUUCUAUUGUAAAAGUCAUGAAAGACUUAAAUGCACUCAACACCCACGAACUUCGUGCCUUCUUCGACUCCUUCGACCACGUCCUCUGCGACGUCCACGGUGUUUUAUGGAACGUCCUCGAAACCAUCCCAGGAGCGUCAGCCGCAGUCGCCUCCUUACAAAACCUAGGCAAGACUUUCAUCGUCGUCUCCAACAACACCACCGCCACCCUCGACGACUACCACCACGACUUCACCUCCAAAGGCUUCCCCAUCAAACGCGAAAAUAUAGUCACCCCAAUCCAAACCACCAUCUCCUACCUGAAGAAGCAAAACUUCUCCAAGGAGGUCUUCGUCCUGGGAACCCACCCCCUGAAGAAAUCUCUGCGUGACGCAGGUUUCCGAAUCGCGGAGCGUGGGCCCCUGGAAAUCGAGGAGACGUUCCACGCUCUGGCGGCAGCCUCCACGGAGGACGACGGGAGCGUGGGGGCCGUGGUCGCAGAUAUCGAUUUGAACGUGAACUACGUGAAUUUGCAGAAAGCUGUGACGUUUUUGAAGAGGCCGGAGGUUAUUUUUAUUCGGGGGACGGGGGAUGCGAGGUUUGGGGUGGGGUUGGAUAGGGUGGUGAUGGGGCCGGGGGUGUUUCACGCCAUUGUGGAGGAGUGUAGUGGGAGGGAGCCGGUUUCAGUGGCCAAACCGGCGCCUUUUGCGAAUGAGUUUAUUGUGGAGAAGUACAAGAUUGGGGAUGCUUCCAGGGUUUUGUUUAUUGGGGAUUCGGUUCCUUCGGAUAUGGGGUUUGCUACGAAAUUCGGGUAUAAGAAGUUGCUGGUUUUGAGUGGUUUAACGAAGGAAGGGGCGCUCGAAGACUGGAAGUUCCCGGAGGAGUAUAGGCCGGAUUAUUUCGUCGACAGUUUGAAGUCGGUGCACGACUUGAUUGGGCGAAUUUGACGUGAUUUGUGUGUGGUUUUUAAAGAAAGUGAAAGUUGUUAAUACAGUCAAUAGUACAUGUAAUUAUAAAGUCCUGUUAGAAUGACUUAUCAAAACGAAAUAAAAAUAGAU